ACAUAAUUAUAAAAAAGUGAGAACAGUUAUUAAACAACAUCAACCUAAGUAUCACUUCAUCAUGGCGUCAUCUACUCCUACUGCGACUCCGUGUAGAGGAGCCCCUGCCACAGGAUCCACGCCCACUGUGUCACCGGAAGAAACUAACUUUCUACGAUUUGUCAAUCUAGUCUUGAGGAGAGCACCAAAGGCCAUAAGGAUCCAUUUUGAUACAGUUCAUCCUCCAAUUAACCUUGUCACUGACCUAGCAACACAAAAAACUCUGCUGUUCAGCUUGAAAGCUAGAAAAGUAAUAAAUCAGGUCCAGUGGGACAAACUUUUCAAAGUUAACAAUCCUAUGUCAAAGGAUUUCGAUGUUACACUGUUAAUCUGCCUUUUACGAAACAUGAAUCCCUCUACACUAGCACCAGCAGGAGGAUUCGAUAUUCUACCCAAUCCAUCAGAUGUCAGUACUGGGGCUGACUUAGCAAGAAUCAAGUUCUACAGAAACGAAGUUGCCCACUCAGCAAAUGCAAGGAUGGACGCAAAUGAUUUUAAUACUAGCUGGACACAUGUUGAGGAGGCUAUUGGAAGGCUUGGAGGUUCUGCAUUACUGAAUGAAACCAAAGCUUUGCGAUUUUCUCCAAUGGAUGAAUCUGAGAAAGAACUUCUUCUGGAGCUUCUUCUCGAAAUUAAACAUCUGAAAAUGGAGCAGUUAGAAACAAUCCCUCCUAAUGUUAGAGAAUUGAUUGAAGAAAAACUAGUAUCCUGGGAAAAAGAAGAUGAACUUUUUGUAGAAAUAAGGGCGUCCACAGCUGUUGAAAACUUUGUAAAUGACAAUCCAUGCGUUGUAGUUGUUGGUCAUCCAGGGUCGGGAAAAUCAGCCAUCAUUCAUCACAUCGCCUUAAAAAUGGGAAAACAGGGAUUUUCUAUCAUUCCUAUUGACCAUCCCGAUGAAAUUAAAAGCUAUCACGACCGAAAAAAUCCACAAGUCUUUGUGAUUGAUGAUCCUUGUGGAGAAUUUAUUGUUGACGAACAAGCAGCUAGUGCAUGGGUUAAGUAUUCAAAAGACAUCGAAACAUGUUUGAAUUUUCAACAAAAGGAAGAUCAAGUUAAAUCAAAACUUUUAGUUUCAUGUCGUUUUGUCGUAAGUCGUACUCGACCGUUUCGUUUAAUAAAAAUUUUCUCCAAUUUCAUUAUCAAUUUAGAAAAUCACGAAAAUAAGUUAACUGUAUUCGAGAAAGAGCAAAUAUUGUCUGUGCACGUUCAACACGAAGUUCAUUUACCUCAAUUGGUAAUAGAAAAGAAUUUCGAUUGCUUUCCAUACCUUUGUAAAAUAUAUGCUAAUGCAUUUACUGAUUCAGCAUGCAUGGAAGCCUUUUUCGAGAAUCCUUUCAUUGAGUUAGUCUCUAAGCUUAACGUAAUGGUUGAUGAUCCUAGGUCAGAAGCCAUUCAUGAAUACUGCGCUUUAGUUUGUUGUGCCCUUGCAGAGAAAAGGGUGAAUUCAUAUGUAAUGGGUAUUAAGAGAAAUGUUGCUGAUGAACAUCUUCAAGAAAUUUUAAAUGCUUGUGAUAGGCAGAUUGAUUCCUCAAAUUUACUCUCAGCACUGGAAAGGAUGAAUGGUAAAUAUGUUAAAAAGGUGGGUUGUACAUUUGCGCUCAUACAUUCAAAAUUUUUGGAAGUCGUUGUGUGGCAUUUCGGAAACCGAUGUCCUGAAACACUGAUUCUUCACUCAUGUACUGAAAUAUUUCAAAACAGACUUAGACCACAAGGGAGACUACAGAAAGAUUUUGAUUUCAAGGAAGACAAAACUCUAUUAGAAUUAGACAAGAAGUGGAUGAAAUUCUACUCUAAAAGAAUACAGAAUGAUAUCAGUCAAGGGAAUUUCAGAAAUAUAUUUAAGAACCCAUGCAUGCCAAAUGCUCUAAUAGAAACUUGUCUAUUUGACUCAUUAGUAGAUGGACAUAUUUUAGAAGAAACGCUUUUAAAAACAAAUCUUAAUAUACCAUCAAUUAUUACUGAAGCAUAUGCCUCAUUUUCAAGGGAAGAUUUAUUGGAAAAUAGCCAAGUAAAGUUUCUUCAUUUGACAAUAGCUUACAACUGGGCAGCAUUUUUAGAAAAACUUUUUGAAACACGAAAUGAUGUUUUGUUUGAAACUCUAUUUUCCCAACGAGCAAGCACGCUACAUUUAGCGAUUCUAAGUGAAAAUAUUGAGAUUGUGCAAAUGUGUCUCCAAUAUUAUAGUGAGACUUUUGAUAGCUUGGAGGAAUUCAUGAAUUUUGGAAUAACGUAUGAUACUCACUGUUUGUUUUGCGGCAUACACCUAACAGAUUUGAGUCAUAAAUUGUACUGUCCAGUUACACAAGUUCGAAUCCCUCUACUUGUUUGUGUUACUGGUAAGCUGGAAAUAUUGGAAUAUCUUAUCCAAAAAAAAGUUUGCUCACAAAAGGACCUCAUUUCUGAAUAUCAACUCUUUGAAGAAACGGUUUCCCCAUUAAUGGUGACCAGUUUGCAUGGGCAUUGCAGUAUUGUUCGUUAUUUACUUCAACAGGGGGCAUCUGUUAACUAUCAAAAUGAAAAUGGAAUUUCACCUCUUCAUGAAGCUUGUCAAAGAGGACAUUUAGAAGUUAUAAAAAUAUUGCUUUCCAAUGGGGCUAAAGUUAAUUCAAGAGAUACAGAUGAGGAAACGCCACUUUCCCUCGCCUGCAGGAAUGAUUUCAUAGAAAUUGCUGACCAACUUUUGUGUAAUGGUGCAGACAUUAAUUUGCAAGACUCCCAAGGAUUGACACCAAUACAUAAAUCUAUAUCUGAUUGGAACAUAAAGACUGUCGAAUUCCUUACUGAAAGAAAUUGUGAUAUCAAUAUAGUUUCUAGAAGAGGUGAUACUCCUUUUUCUCUGGCCUGCUUUUAUGGAAAUUGUGCUAUCGUUAGAUUGUUAAUUGAGAAGGGAAUAAACAGGCAACAAUUACAGGAUGGGAUGCUGAAAGCUUGCGUGAAAGGAAAUAAAGGUAUUAUUUCAAUACUUUUGGAGUAUGGAGCGGAGAUAAAUUGGAAGAAUACUCAAGGUCUUACAGCUCUCCACAUUAGCUGUGCACAGAACAAUGCAGAUCUUGUAACAUAUCUUUUCGUAAAGGGGUGGUUGCAAAUAUUCAAUCAAAGGAUAAAAAAACACCUCUUCAUUUUCAGCAAAGCAUUUAUCGCUAAAAUGUUUAUCAAUUCUUCUACAAAACAGAGCAGAAAUAAUGGCAAUUGA